UUUUGACGGCAUAAGAUGCAGAGAUGUCUGCAGUUUAACGGUUUUCCUGUCAAUUUUCAGUUCACGCUCGUAUGCACACGAAUGCUUUCAUAGGACUGUGCGGACUAAAAAGGGCGCACGCAUAAACACAUAUACUGAUAAAUAAUUAGAUACUAUCAUGGUAGGCUACUGUCCGAUCUGUGGGAAGCCUGUCUACUUUGGUGAAAAGAAGAGGUCUUUAGGGAGGGACUACCAUCCUCUGUGUCUGAAGUGUCAGAAGUGUAACAGACAGCUCACAGCUGGACAACAUGCUGAGUAUGAUGAGAAGCCAUACUGUUCAUACUGUUAUCUGAAGAUGUUUGGACCGAGAGGUAACAGGUAACUGAUGUCGCUGUGGCACAGUAGAUCCCCUCAACAGAAACCAGGAUGAGGCAGAAUGAACAAAUGCUGGCAUUUCAAAGAGCCAGUUUUUACAAGUCAAAUAAUAAAGGAGUGAAUAAAUAAGAAUGAAGGACGGGAAUAUACCGCAAACCUUAUAGGAUGGACUCUGUUUGUUCCCUUGGUUAUCUUUGUAACAAAAUUAAAUAUUUAUAAAUGUGUCAUGGUCACUUGAUAUGUAUAUAUGUGAUUUUUCACUUUUAUAAUGUAAAUUAAUUUGGAUGUAGAAACUU